CAGUUGGGGACCUUACAAGUGAGAAGCAAAAAAACUACUCCAAAAACCCCCAACCCUCUGAGCCUACCACAUCACACCCCAGUUCCCCCAUUACCUCCUCACCCUGGCCCCUGCUUCCUCUGCCCCUGCCCCCACUCAUCCACCCCUCCCAUGGGGAGUGUCUAGGUUUUGUGUGGGGUCCUUGUGCCGCCUAGUGGAAAUAGAUAGAGCCGUGGGAGCUCUUGGGCACCAGGCGCGGACUCCCCCACUCCUCUCUUAGCUCCCCCGCAUGCUAGCGAGGCUGGGGAGGGCAGAGCUGCAGCGGCAAACCUGUAGGAGCAGCUUCAAUCCUGGGAGGGGGGAGGCUGUCUCAGCUCUGCAUGGGGUCCCUGUGCUGCCUGAUGGAGGUGGGUGGGGAGCCAGGAUGGCUCUUGGGGACACCAGGGGCGGAAUCAAGUCGAGGCUUUCUUCAUCUCCCCCGUGCGCCCGGAAGCUGGAGCUUGUGCUCCAAGUCUUGCAGCUAUGUGGUCUCGGGAGGGGGGCGGGGGGUGAGUUCCCGCUGCAGACUCCAUGUGCCACUGAAAACUGACUUGUGUGCCACAAGUUGCCAACCCCUGUUUUAGUCUGUUCCUUUUCCAUGAGAGGACUUUACCUCUUAUCCCAUGACAGCUUACUUUGCUUUAGAUUCUUUGAUGAAGAACUUUAUCGAAGACCUUCUGAAAAAUCUAAAUGUCAGAGGUGGGUGGAGAACUGUCGAAGGGCAGAUUUAGAAGAUAAAACGCCAGAUCAGUUGAACAAGCAUUACAGAUUAUGUGCCAAGCACUUUGAGACCUCUAUGAUAUGUAGAAGCAGUCCUUACAGAACAGUUUUACGAGAUAAUGCCGUGCCAACUAUAUUUGAUCUUACAAGUCACUUGAACAAUCCCCACAGCAGGCACAGAAAGAGAAUAAAAGAACUGAGCGAAGAUGAAAUAAGGACAUUGAAGCAGCAAAAGAUUGAUGAAGCCUUUGAACAAGAACAAGCAAAUCAAGAGCUGAAUGAGAGCAAUGCUCAGAAUACUACUUCAGAGGAAGGAGGAGAAGAGCAAGAGGAGGAAGCUGUUCCUUUAACACUGGAAGAGAGAGAAAACAAAGAUUACCUUAAAUCUUUAUUUGAAAUUUUGAUCCUUAUGGGCAGACAAAAUAUUCCUUUGGAUGGCCAUAAUGCUGAUGACCUUCCAGAAGGUAUCUUCACUCCAGAUAAUUUCCAAGCACUGUUAGAAUGCAGAAUAAAUGCUGGAGAUGAGAUUCUAAGAAAACGAUUUGAGAUGGCUGCAGUAAAUCUGGAGUAUUGUUCCAAAACUCAACAGAAACAGAUGCUUGAGAUCUGUGAGAGCUGUGUAAGAGAAGAGACGCUCAGGGAAGUGAGAGACUCCCACUUCUUUUCCAUUGUCACUGAUGAGGUAGUAGAUAUAGCUGGUGAGGAACACUUGCCAGUGUUGGUGAGAUUUGUUGAUGAGUCCCACAAUCUGAGAGAAGAAUUUGUAGGAUUUUUGCCUUAUGAGGCAGAUGCUGAAAUUUUAGCUGUUAAAUUCCAUACGACUAUUACUGAAAAAUGGGGUCUAAACAUGGAAUACUGUCGAGGUCAAGCGUAUAUUGUCUCCAGUGGAUUUGCUUCAAAAAUGAAAAUUGUAGCUACAAGACUCUUGGAAAAGUAUCCACAAGCUGUUUAUACACUCUGUUCUGCUUGUGCUCUAAAUGUAUGGUUGGCAAAAUCAGUUCCUGUUGUUGGCAUUUCUAUUGCUCUAGGGACAAUAGAAGAAGUGUGUUCUUUUUUUAAUCAGACACCACAAUUGCUAGUAGAACUGGACAAUAUAAUCUCUGUUCUUUUCCAGAACAACGAGGAAAAGAGUAAUGAACUAAAGGAGAUUUGCCAUUCUCAAUGGACUGGUAGACAUGAUACUUUUGAGAUUUUAGUUGACCUUAUGCAAGCACUGGUGUUGUGCUUGGAUGGCAUAAGCAGUGAUGUGUCUGUCAGAUGGAGCAGCUUUGUUGUUGGUCGAGCAUUUGUACUUGCAAGUGCGUUAACAGAUUUUGACUUCAUCGUCACUGUUGUAGUUUUAAAAAACAUUCUGUCUUUUACAAGAGCCUUUGGAAAAAAUCUCCAAGGCCAAACAUCAGAUGUGUUUUUUGCAGCCAGCAGCUUAACAGCAGUGUUGCAUUCACUGAAUGAAGUGAUGGAGAAUAUUGAAGUUUAUCAUGAAUUUUGGUUUGAAGAAGCAACAAAUUUGGCCACAAAGCUGGAUGUACAAAUUAAACUUCCCGGGAAAUUUCGCAGAGCACAGCAAGGUAGUUUGGACUCUGAUGUAACAUCAGAAAAUUACUACAAAGAAGCACUUAGUGUUCCAACUGUAGAGCACAUUAUUCAGGAAUUGAAAGAUAUAUUCUCAGAACAACAUCUAAGAGCGCUUAAAUGUUUAUCUUUAGUUCCCUCAGUCAUGGGACAACUAAAAUUUAAUACAUCUGAGGAACAUCAUGCUGAUAUGUACAAAAAUGAUCUACCUAAUCCAGAUACACUCUGCGCAGAACUUCAUUGUUGGAGAAUCAAAUGGAAGCACAGAGGAAAAGAUAUCGAGCUUCCAGCUACCAUUUAUGAAGCACUUCAUUUGCCUGACAUAAAGUUUUUCCCUAAUGUGUAUGCAUUGCUUAAAGUUUUAUGCAUCCUUCCAGUGAUGAAAGUGGAGAAUGAGAAAUAUGAAGUGGGACGAAGGCGCUUGAAGGCAUACUUGAAGAACACCUUGACAGAACAGAGGUCAAGCAACUUAGCUUUGCUUAACAUAAACUUUGAUAUAAAACAUGAUUUGGAUUUAAUGGUGGACACCUACAUCAAACUCUAUCCAGACAAAGUAGAAUUUCAAGAAGACUUUCUUCCUUCAAACAAUUCAGAAGUAACAGAAGAUGCUUAGAAAAUAAUCUUGAAUUAGUUUGUUAAAACAACAGUUUUUCUAUUCAGGCUUUAACAUCAAAAGGAAAACUAUAAAAUAUAUUUAACAAACUUAAUCAUUGCAAUUGCAUUUCCAUUUUUGUUCUCAGAUUGAACAAGCAGUCUACUGAUCCACAGUAAAGUACUAUUAUGUGAACAGAAACACCUUGGAAAAUGAACCCGUGUGGUUCACAAGGACAGUUCUCAAACUCUUCAUCUGAUUGACAUGACUAGGUGCUCAUUUAUUUUGUUGUGUCAUUUUGGAAAUGUAAUUUGUGAUCACUGUGGAUCUUAUGGGGUUGUUUCAUACUCAUGCAUAAAAAACUGCAGAAAAAUGAGGUAGAAUUAAAUCCAUUGCUUAACAGUUACUGGGGUUUUGGUUUGCUUGGAAUCUGUUUAAAAGAUAUGGAGAAAGUAUAUUUGAAUAAUUUAGUGGAGAGUGAAUUGUAUCUCAGUCAUCACACCCUGGACUAUGUUCUCCAUGUAAAAUGAUUAUUUGUGAGUGUAAAGGCACAUUAAGGUUUCAGUGGAGGAGCCGGUUGUUCUCAAUCACCUGGUUGUUUUGUUUACAUUCCUUUGUGUGAACUACACAGCUAUUUUUUCUCUUUAAGCUUUUAACAGGUCUGAAUUGAAUAUUAAAUAUAAAAUCCUAAAAGAUACUGACUGUAAAAAUUAUUCCGUAAGCACUAAGCCUAUUUGCUUUUGUCUUUACAAUUACACAGAAUAGUGUGAUGCCCCCAUAUGCAUUUUUAAACAUAACCUGGACAAAUUUAAAAAUCAGUUUGUUGUUUGUGGGGAAGUGACUUGGAAGAUAUUGCUGUUAUUUUUGGCACAAAGAAAACAAUUUUGUAUAGUUUUAUUUCAAUCUAAAAUAAAAUGUGAAUUUGCUUUU